CGCUGAAGCGCCGCUGUGUCAACAACCCGCUCGAGCGAGCGCUCAUCCCUCUUCAGCUGACUCCGACCGAGAUAUCUCGACUCUUGCGAUGAGGAUAUGAUGUAUCCUGUCUGGUCUGUCGAUUGUGACAUGGAGUUGAGGUGAGAAUAGCACUUUCUCAGUCAAAAUCAACCAAAAUGGCAAAGUCUAGGCUUUUCCGCAUCUUUAUGAUUAUGGGUGCGGUCUUCAUGAUCCUUCUCAUAAUCAUAUACUGGGAUGAUGUGGGGGCCUCAAAUUUUUACCUGCACACAACCAUCUCUGGGCCUCAUCCAUCCCGCCUCCCUCCACAUGGCCGUUCUGACCCUCAAAAGAUUAAGAAAGCAGAGGAGGACAAAGAGAGUUCGUUUUUGACAGACAUAGAUGCUUUUGUCAACCAAUUUUUGGAAGGAACCGUAGACCCUACGGAACAGGUGAGAGGAGAACCGCCCCCCGGAGAGACUCGCAAUCAGUCCUCUGAGAAAUCGGAGGAAAAAUUCGUACCACGACGAGAGUGGAAGAUCCAUCUCACGCCAAUUGAUCCGGAGAAAAAACAGCAACAGGAGAGUCGAAAGCAGCUGAUACAAGAUAUGUGCAGCAACACAAGUCUCUUUGACUUCUUUGGAAAGAGCAGGACUUUCGAUGACAUACCCAAUAAGGAAUUGGAUCACCUCAUUGUGGAUGACAGGCAUGGGAUUAUUUACUGUUACGUUCCGAAGGUGGCCUGCACAAACUGGAAACGCAUUAUGAUCGUGCUGAGCGAGAGCCUGUUAUUAGAUGGCGUGCCCUACCAAGACCCCCUAGAUGUUCCUCAAGAGCUCAUCCACAACAGUAGCCUGCACUUUACCUUCAACAAGUUCUGGAAGCGCUAUGGAAAGUUCUCACGGCACCUCAUGAAAAUCAAGCUGAAGAAAUACACCAAGUUCUUGUUUGUCAGAGAUCCUUUUGUUAGACUUAUCUCUGCCUAUCGCAACAAAUUUGAACAAGCGAAUGAGGACUUUUACAAGAGAUUCGCAAUAAUCAUGCUAAAAAAAUAUAGCAAUUACUCCGAUCCACCAGCAUCGGUGGUGGACGCUUUUGCAGCUGGGAUUCGACCAUCUUUCUCAAAUUUUGUUCAGUAUUUAUUGGAUCCCAGCACUGAGAAAGAGAUGCCUUUUAACGAGCACUGGAGACAAAUUUACCGCCUGUGCCAUCCUUGCCAGAUAAAUUAUGAUUUCGUGGGGAAGCUGGAGACUUUGGAUGAGGACGCUGAGCAUUUGUUGCGGAUUCUCCGGGUCGACAAUGUCGUCGAGUUUCCUCAUAGUCACCGAAACCGAACGGUUAGCAGUUGGGAGCAGGAUUGGUUUGCCAACAUACCAUUGGAAUUUAGAAAAGACCUGUACAGGCUCUAUGAAGCUGACUUUAAACUUUUUGGGUAUUCCAAACCAGACAGGCUGUUACAUGAGUAAUGCAUUUAUUACUGGGAUGCUGAAAAGCUUUGACCGUACAAGAACAGGAAGAGGAAAAUAGAAGAUUCAGCCUCCUGGUUCUUUAUGUCAGGAUCUUUCAAAUGAUAGUAUUGUCGGCAUUGAAAGUGGUUUAAACUGGAGUGAACAUACAUCCCUUUGUAUACAGCUGAUUUGCUCAGUCCAUUUACCAGUAUUCCCCUAAGUGUGUUACUAUUAUUUGUAAUGGUCUCAUGGACGUAUUUGGAGAGAGACUUGCAUUUUGAUUAUUUUAAUCAAUGCAGACCUUCUUUUGAGAUGCUUAAAAAAAAAAGGGGAAAAAAGACAGAUCCAUGAAUUACACCUCAUUAAUAAUAUCCUAAUUAUGAGAAAGUAUGUAGGAGAAUGGUAAUCCCAUUUUAUUGUUCAAUUAUAUAUAUUUUUUGUUAACAAAGCACAACCAAGCUAAAAUAUCAUGAGAUCUAAAAAUGUUUUAUACAUGUAGGAAGUGCACAUAAAAUAUUUUUUAAUAUUUUUGUAUCAUUUCGCAAUGAAAUGUGAAAAAUCAAUGCACUUUUGUCCUAAAAGCUAGAAGUUGUCCCAACCCCCCCAAAGCAUAAAAGUUUUUAUGCUCUGUUACAACAGUUUCAUUUCUUGAAAGGAAUAUUAUUGGUUUAAUAUAAGUUUAGUUCAGUCAACAGCACAAAAAAAUCUCAACUCGUCCCUCCUUUUCUUUAAAAAAAAAGCAAAAGUCGAGAUUACUGGGAGGCACUUACAAAGGAAGUGAAUGGGGCCAAUUUUCGGAGGGUUUAAAAGGCAGAAAUGUGAAACUUACAUUUUUAGAGAAACACUUACAUUAAUUCUUCUGUUAAAACUAAUAUACUAUUUGAGAUUUAAAGUUGCUUAAAUCGUUGUUUUUACAGUCGUUUUAAGGUUUACGGUGUUAUGUUAUGGUGACAAAGUUGUACAAUCGGAUAUAAUUACACAGAACAAGUAAGUUAGUGAUUUAUCACACCAAAAGCAUGUUAAUGCAUAGUGUUUACUUCUUUUGUCUCUACUUACAAAUCUGGGUUACAGCAAGGCACUUACAAUAGAAGUGAAUGGGGCCAAACCGUAAACAUUCAAAUAUUAUUUCAAAAGUAUAUCCACGAGAUGUUAACAAUUUGCAUGUUCAUAAGCUUCACAUUUCUGCCAUCAAACUUUAAAAAUUGGCCCCAUUCACUUCCAUUGUAAGUGCCUCAGUGUAAUCUCGAUUUUAGCUUUUUUUAUUUAUUUUUAAGAAAAGGACAGACAAGUUGAAAUACAUUUUUGUAGUAAUCCAUAUUUUACCAUAAACACUGUUGAUUGACCUUAACUUGUAUUGAACCAGGAAUAUUCCAUUAAGCCUUGUGUAUUUUUAAUGUUUCUAUGGAAAUGUGUGUUGUGUUUUAAACAUGGAAUGUAUUAAAUCCUUGUUUCUUUUAGUUCACAGUACUGCACAAAAAUGUCAGUGUUCUGCAGUGAAGCACAUCUUUACCACUGUAUUUCUGUAACUGGCACAAAACGAAAUUAUAAUGCUGAUGAGCAGCAAGAUGAGUAACUGACAUCAAAAAGGUAUUUCUUUAUAAACAGAGAGAAUAUCACUGGCCUGUGCUUGUCAAGGGAACAUUUCUAUUCAUCAUUUUGAUAUUUUUGCUUCUAUUAGUUUGUAGCAGGGACUGGAUGAUCCCUCUGAUCUGCAGAAUGCUAAAGAUGUUAGCAUGUGUGCCAAGCAGUCCGUUUCAUAAAUAUGCAUAAUUUCAAAAGUACUGUAGCAAACACAAUUCAACGUUUUGCUCGGGUAGGCUUAGAUUUCAAAACAAUGGCCUUGUUUGCAAAUUAUUUGAAAUAUAAUUGCGGGCUCAAGGUAUUUAUUUCUGAUUUAGUUAAAUAAUUAUUUGGUGUAAUGGCUAAAGAAAGUUAAAGCACAAAUGUCAGUAUUGUUUAAAGUUCCUCCUCUAGUCUAACUAAGUUUAACUUGGGCAUGUGCAAAAGAGGAAUUUAAUUGUUACAAGUAUUAAUUGUUUUGCCAAGAAGGUAUUUCUUUUACUUUCCAUCUCGUUUUUGUGCCGCACUUUGCACAUUUGAUCACAUGUAUUGGACAGAUGUUUAGGACAGAGAUAAAGUGUUUUUGGAUCUUGAUUGUAGAUGGAAAUCUGUACUGUGCAGCACAAGUGUAGCAUGAUUGUUCUGAAAGUGAUGGGCAAGAGGGAACAAGAAGCCCUCGGGGAAUGCCAUGAUUCUGGUAUCAACGCUCGGUUGGGCCCAUUUGGUAGCAGUGCCUUUGGAGAAAAGUUUACAAAAAAUAUAUCUUUGUAAGUGGGUCUCUGAUUUGCAGUCAACAAUCAAAACUCCUAUUUUUAAAACAUUUAGUAGUACACACAAUAUGUGCUGCAUCAUGGAAAAUAUGGCAUUUUUAGCCACAAUUCUGGCUUGGCUAUUGAGAUUUGUCAAAACAGUUCCAGUGUUUCUUAUGUCGAAACCACAAGUUCUGUUACGGGGGGGAGAAAGUACAGUACAUUGCCUGUGCCAUUGAUUUAUGUUUGCAAAAUGAGUACCUGUGUUUUAGAUACAUUUGGUGCCAGAUUGUACAAAGAAAACUGUUAUACUGUAUAGUGAUUGUCUUGAUGCCAACAUUUAAAAACAUUUUUAUCUUGAUUUUGUGGUCAUAGGAUUUAGUUGCAUGAAGUAAUUUUCAGGAAAACAUGCUGAAAGCAAAAGGGAAACAUUUGUUACAUUAAAUCAGGUCUUAGCAUAAAAAAUGUGUUAUUUUCUUUUUUUUUGUUGUUGCAAUGUACAUACCUCUUUUAUUUAUUAUGGUAUUAUUUAAUGCUUCCUUUUCAAAACAAAAAGUUUAAUAAAGUUCAAUGCAUGGU